AUGCCUUCGUUCUCCGCCAGGGCGGCCGCGUUCAAGGCGAACCCGCCGCCGGCGCCCCCCUCCACGGACAUGGAGUACACGAGGGACGUACCCAUGCGCGACGGCCGGCUCAGCGAGAUCCGCAUCUACCAGCCCGACAACUCGACGACGGCCGUGCGGCCCCUGUUUGUCCUCGUACACGGCGGCGGCUUUUGCGUGGGCAACAACCACGCGCCCGGGUUCCGCUCGCGCCUCAUCGCGGCCGCCAACGACAUGACCGUCGUCAACGUGUCGUACCGGCUGGCGCCGGAGCACCCGUUCCCCGCGGCGCCCGACGACGUCUGGGACGCCGUCGCGUGGCUGAGCCAACCCGACAACGCAAAGCAGCUCGGCGCCGACCCGACGCGCGGCUUCUACAUCGGCGGCAUCUCGGCCGGCGGGAACCUCGCCGCCGUCACGGCGCAGCGCUGGGUCGCGGACCAGCGGACGCCGGCGCUGCGCGGCCUCUGGCUGUACGUGCCCGUGCUCCUCGACGAGGAGAUCGUGCCGGCGGCGUACCGGGCGCUCUUCUUCUCGCGCGCGCAGAACGCCGCGGCGCUCGUCAUCGACCGGGCCGCCGACGACUACGUCCGCGCGGCGUACGCGCCCGACGUCACGUCGCCGCUCUACUCGCCGUUCAACGCCGCGCGGCCCCACGAGGGCAUGCCGCGCGUGCACCUGCAGGUCGCCGGCCAGGACCCCGUCCGCGACGACGGCCUCAUUUACGAAAAGGCCCUGCGCGCCGCACGGCGUCGAGACGAGGCUCGACGUCUAUCCCGGCCUGCCGCACGCGUUCGACGGCGUCUUCCCGCAGCUCAAGGCCUCGGACAAGGCCAAGCUCGACAUGCUCCAGGGGAUCGCCUGGCUGAUGGGGAAGACGGUCGACGUGCAGCGGUGUACACAGCUGAUCGAGGAGUCGCGUGCUGUCGUGCCCUCUGGCCCGCCUCUCUAGGGGGGGGAACAUCACGUAAACUCGAACCUGGUGCCUGA